CCCCGGAAGUGGAACUCGAAAUUGGCAGCGGCGGCGUGAAUCGCGGAGAGGAAACAGCAAGGAGAGGUGGCGCGUGUCCCGGUAACGGCGCCUCGCCCCGCCCCGCCCGGCCUUUGCGGGACAAGGGGCACCAGCUCAUCCUGUGAAGAUUGAUGUCCUUUUCCUUCAUCACUUUAAUUUUGUUGACAAUUUGGAUAAACAUGGCACAGCUCCAGCAAGGAGGCCCAGAUGAAAAAGAAAAAACUACUGCACUAAAAGAUUUAUUGUCUAGAAUAGACUUGGAUGAACUGAUGAAAAAAGAUGAGCCACCACUUGAGUUUCCCGAUACACUUGAAGGAUUUGAGUAUGCCUUUAAUGAAAAGGGGCAAUUAAGGCAUAUAAAAACUGGGGAGCCAUUUGUUUUUAACUACCGUGAAGAUUUGCAUAGAUGGAACCAAAAGCGCUACGAAGCUCUUGGAGAGAUCAUUACUAAAUAUGUCUAUGAACUACUGGAAAAGGAAUGCCACUUGAAAAAAGUAACUCUCCCAGUAGAUGCUACUGAGAGUGAGCCAAAGAGUUUUAUCUUUAUGAGUGAGGAUGCAUUGACAAAUCCAGAUAAACUGAUGGUUUUAAUUCAUGGUAGUGGUGUUGUCAGGGCAGGUCAGUGGGCUAGAAGACUUAUUAUAAAUGAAGAUCUGGACAGUGGCACACAGAUUCCAUAUAUUAAGAGAGCUAUUGAGGAAGGCUAUGGAGUAAUAGUACUGAAUCCCAAUGAGAACUAUAUUGAAGUGGAAAAGACAAAAGCCCAAGUACAGCUGUCCUCUGAUAGCUCAGAUGAACCUGCAGAAAAGAGAGAAAGAAAAGAUAAAAUCCAAAAAGAAACAAAGAAGCGACGUGACUUCUACGAAAAGUAUCGGAACCCGCAAAAAGAAAAAGAAACUGUGCAGUUGUAUAUUAGAGAUAAUGGCUCUCCUGAAGAACAUGCAAUUUAUGUGUGGGACCACUUUAUUGCUGAGUCAGCAGCUGAAAACAUAUUUUUUGUCGCUCACAGUUACGGUGGACUUGCAUUCGUAGAGUUGAUGAUUCAACGAGAGGCAGAUGUAAAGAAUAAGGUAACUGCUGUGGCGUUGACAGACUCUGUUCACAAUGUGUGGCAUCAAGAAGCUGGCAAAACUAUUCGAGAAUGGAUGCGAGAGAACUGUUGUAACUGGGUGUCUAGUUCAGAACCACUAGAUACAUCAGUAGAGUCCAUGUUGCCAGACUGCCCACGUGUUUCUGCAGGGGAAAUAUUGAUGCAAAAAUCUUCCUGGCCCAUUAUCGUGAGAAGCAAUCGCGAAUUUAUACCAUAGUUCUGAACCACCCUCCCAUCCCAGACGGUAUGCUGGUGCACUGAAAGUAAGACCAAAAUACAAUGCUUUCAAUACUGUAUGAUAUAGCACCAAUGUCCUUGGUGACACUUGGAUUAAAAUGUUUUUGGUAAAAACUUUACACUGUAUUUAUCCAAGACAUGAAAACAAUGGCAGCGGAUAUUAAAUCUCUGUCUUAGUUCCUAUUUUUCUAAGGUUACCUUUUAUUCUGGAAACUUUUAAGAACUCCGGGGGGGGGGGCGGGGGGAGAUGCGUCUAAACCAUGUUUACAUUAUUUUUGCAAAAAUUAAACAAAGACAUCAAUGAUUUGUGUAAAUUGUAGCCAGUCUGAAAGUAUAUCGGAGCUUUCGUAAUAAAGAAGAGCCAUUAUAAAUUCCCCAUCUGAAUCAUCCUCAUUGUAUUUGAGAGAAAAUAACUAACACAAAUAUACCCCUGUGUGUGAAAAUAGCUUUAUUGUCAGGUCCUUUUUAAAUUUUACUUCUUAUCUUCAAAAUGUUCAAUCACAUAGACAUAUGCUAGCCGCAGAGCCACGUCAUUUACUGUUCCACAGUAUUGCUAGUAUGGUUUUGGCUUUUUAAUAACUUAUUGAUUCGUCUUGUGUCCAUAUCAGAGUUCUAAAAUGUUGUUGUAUGUUGUGCUAGUUUCUUUUUAACAGCAAAGCGUAUUUAAACAUAUACAUUGCCCUCGGAUGUAGGAAAAUAAGCACUGAAAUACUUCAGCUGAUGUGGAAAGCGUGAUCAGAGCUUCCUUCUCAGUCGCUUCUGGAUGCACUGAAAAUAGGUUUUCGUUUUAAAGCGCAGCCAUUUCUAUGUCCAGCUAAUGUGCGUGGAAUGUAUCAGUGUCAUGAUUGCAGAAAUGAUGAAAUUAGCAUUUAGAUAAGAAUAAUAUUAAACUAUUUCGACAGGCUACAAUAUUUACCCCGAACGCACUAAAUGAAAGAAGAAUAUACAAUGCAUCUUGGACGGUAAAGGGUAUGUGUAACAUGUGGGGAAAAGAUCUGACGUUAGCCAUUGGGUGCAAAUCUCUGUCUCUCUUCUCACUCAGUCAAGUUCAUAGAAGCCCCUGAAGUUCAGAUGCAACCCAUACGCAGAGAAACUAGAGGCUGAAUUGAAAUAAAGGUUUAACUUCCUUGGUGUCUUCUUAAAUAGCACAUUUCACCGUCUAGGUUUUCUUAAACAUGAAACCUUCUCCACCAUAGGGUACCCAGCUGUUUAAUUUAACAUUGAUUUAUUGCUUUUAAAAGUAAAUUUACACACAUGCCAACAGCAUUCCGUUUUGUUUCCCCAGACCCAAAGAUUUAUUUUCUACUUAGCGCUUGUCUGACAAAACAAUGUCCUUUAACUUUAUUACACAUCGACGAGGAAAUCUGUCUUAUUUUUUGUUUGGAUUUAUUGCUCUGUUAGUUGUGGGGACUUUUGGUAAUAGAGAAACGCUAAGGUCAGAAAAUAAAUACAAAAUGAAACCUAGGCAUGGAAGCAAAUACCAUUAAAGGCAUCAGCAUAUAUUUGAUGAAGUUAUUGCAUACGCAGAGCUGUUAAACAUACACCUGAAGCCAUGAUCAUAAUUAUAAAAAGGGAAAAAUCAUUUUAACUGUGAACAUGCAGGUAGCUAUCUAUGGUGACAGGAUCUGCCUUCAGUUCACGUGAAGAAAAGGUCUCUAAUAUCUGAUGGCUCUUUGCAAAGGCAGUCUGGAAACGUAUCUAUAAUUAUUGAAUGGAAAAAAAUAUAGGGUUAUCCAUACCAUGCUGCCUUACCUCUGCGCAGUAAACUCCCAAUUACCAAAUCUAUGUGAUGGCUGAACUCAGGGGAAUUAGGAUGUACUUUGAAGCAGCUUUUACGGUACACUUCAUCUACGUUUUGGUUUUCUUUGGUUCUCAUUAAAGGGCCACUUUCUUCUUUUCACUGAUAUACUGUCUUUGUGUCCUUCAUUUCACACUAUCCCUCCCCCCCUCCAAAAAAAAGUUCUCACAUCUUAUCGGGGGGAGAAAAAAGGAGACAAAAUAAUCAUAAAAAAAGCUGUGGUCCGGAUUUUUUUUUAAGUGCAAAUCUUUUAUUUUAAAGCGGGCGUUAUUCUUCCUAACGAACGGUCCUUUCUGGCAAGCGCGAUUUUAGGGAUAUUAUGAAAGUAUUUAUGAGGUGAAAUUAGAGAUGCAUGCAGUGUGAGGAAAUCUUUUUUUGUGCUCUGGGCUUACUCUCCCAAACUGAUUUCUCACAGAGGCAUCUAAUAAUCACUUUAGAGAUGUUCAAAUGAGGACACUAUCUCUUUUCUAGUAAGAAGUGAAGAUGUGACAGGUUUUGUUAUCAGUGGUAUAGUGAGAGCUUUGUAAGAUAUUCCCUUUCUUUCCCCAUAAAUACACCAUCUUUAAAUAAAGACCCCCUGUCUUAAAGCGUGACUACCCCUGCUGGCUUUGUCCACUUUCUGUCCGGUGCAUCCACAUAAAUCCAAACUUCAUGUCACUUAACAUAUUUUAAUGAUUUUUACCAAUCCAGGAUCUUUUUUUUUUAAGUUAAUGGAGGGUCAUUUUUUUCCUUUUGAAGCAGCCACACACUUUUCUAUUUAGCAACACGCCCAGAUUUAUAGCAAAAUGCAAAUAAAAAUCAAGGGGAAAUCUGUGGAACCUUGAAAAUUCUCCUAUUCAUAUUAGGAGCAAUUUUCUGUUUGGCCUUUGAAAAAGGGCCCUGUCACUCAGAAAGGGGCCAUUUCUUUAACCUCGCUCCUCUACACCCACAAGGCAGCCUCCCGUCCUCUCUCCUGCACACACACACACACACACAGAGCCCACCCCUUAUUCCCCCACACAUAGUUCCAUCCAACCGGUUUUCAAGGAACAGCAAAGAUUAGCGAUUUGCCUUCUUUAGUCAGACGAGGAGACCCGUCUCUAACCAGAGCAAUGGUAGGCCACAAAAGCGCCAGCAAACAGUUAGCAAUGUCCUCCUUAGAGCAUUUGAGUUUCUAGCUGGAGGAGAUUGUUUUAUCGACUGUAGUGCAUAUCUAGCUAUGGCAUUUCUUCUGUUAAGCCACACUUAAUAUUAAGGCUGGCUAAGGCCAAACACCUGCAGCUGGGGGAUGGGGGAGGCUAAAGUUUGGGAGGAGCAAGCGAAAUGUAACAACGGUUGUAUAACAUAUAAUAGGGCCAAAUACCUUCAGAAGGCAACUGUCAGUGAAGGUUCUCUUAUAUGGUACACAUAUGAAGGGGUAUAUGUGUGUGUGUAUAUAUAUGUGUGUGCGUGUGUAUACAUAUAUAUGUACAUACACGUGUGUGCUUAUAUUUUAGAUAUGUAUACAGUUCAUAUUUUAUUCCUUGCAAACCUAGGGAUCACCCCCCCCCCCCCCGUAAAUGCACUGAUGGGAGAGUUUAAGAGACUUAUUUGGGAGGAAAUAGGGGGUCAGUUUUGGUCUAAGUGGAACAUCUGCAAAACAUUCAAGCAGCUCAUUCAGCAAAGAAUCUAGCCACUUAUUGUAGAAAUAAUAAAAAGGCACUAAUGAUUAUAGCUCCCACCUUCUUCCUCCCCCCCCCCAAAGGCCAAAGCUUAAUGAAAUAAUUCCAAGGUUUGCCUCAUUUCCUAAUAGUGGAUUUUUUUAACAAAAAGAAACAACUUCAACUAAACUUUCCAGUCGCCUGUCGUGAAGGGAAUAGGCUAGGUAAAUAAAAU